CGAAGCCGAAACGGACACUAGAGACAACCUCCGAAACGACUGCGACUCUUGGACCGAUGUCGCUCGGCAUCUCACCGCGGCAGCUGCUCGAGGCGCUUCUCGGUGUCACGUACGUGGUCCUCUCGGUGCUCAGCGGCAUCAUGUACCUUCGUGUCUUGGCGCAAAGCUCGGCCAACGAUCUGUGGUGGCCACACUACAAUGCGUCAGGCUACGAAGCAUUUCUUGUCGACCUCAUCAACCAGAUGCUACCCGUGGUUUCUUCUGGCACAUGGGACCUCCGCAGCCCUGAUGCGAUGGUACCACAAGCGUAUGCGCGUCUCAGCGCUGCCACGCGCAUCUACCCGCCGUACAUCCACAGUCUCCUCGUCUCGCCCCGGCUCACGUCCCCGACGUUCGUGAUUCCGAAGCUGCGGGCGCUCACGCCGUUCUGGAGCAUGCGCAUCAACGUGCCGUCGUGCUGGGUCGACUUUAACCAGUCGUUCGAAAUGGCCUUGACGAUAGCGCGCCAGCAACGGUGUGCGCAGCGCUAUCGGCACAACGCCGCCGUGUACCUUGAAGCUGUCGUGCGCAAUCAAGUGUGGGCCGACUACAUGGCCAUGUGGGGCACGCCGGGGAGCUACUUUGACGUAGCCGUCCAACAAGGGCUCCGAGCAUCCAUCGCCGGUCAAACCUGGCUAACAAACGUGUCGAUCGCGGCCAAAACGACUUCAGUCGCCGACGAAGUCGACUAUUGGCAAAAGCACAACCUCACGUCGUUUGAGCUGCAGUGGCAAAACCGGUGGCUCACGGGUAUCUCGGACACCCUUCAACUCACUAACGCCUUUGGUUUAACAGAGGCGCUGCCACUCAAAGUGCAGCCGCUUCUCGCUGGCUCGUGGUCGUCGCAGACCAUGAACUGGAUGCCGAUUCAGGUUGCGUACAAUGCGAUGAUCCUCAACCGCAGCAUGGUGCGGGACACCGCACAGUACGUUGGCCUCAACACGUCUCUCUUGCCGACCGUCAAUUUCGAGACGUACCGCGGUCUCGCCGACACCGCCGGCCAGCUCGUCGGUCAAGCCGCCUUGUUUCACGCGACCGUCGGACCGUACUUCAACGUCGAUACGCGUAUAAAACCCAUGGUGCCCGACUUACUCGGCGCGUACAACACCUUUCACUCGGCGCUGUUUGCCCGUCUCGAUGCCUCGCGUCCGCUCUUUGAUGGCUUGCUGACGCUACGGCCGCUACAGCUGGCGCCGCUGCCGGCAUCCUGGCGCAACGCGACGUACUUUGGGGGCGACCCUAUGUGUACGAACGGCGCGCCGACCGGAUUUGUCCAAGCGCCGUUUUCUUUUUACGAUGAUUGCAGCCAUCUCCAUCCGUUUACGGUCGUUGCCGCUCCCACGACUUUGCUCUUUGCACUUUUGGCCGCGAACGCGACACUGGACGAGAUUUGCGGUCUGCAGACGAAUCUCGCCCCCGUGGUCUGCAGUGACGCGCUCAAUGCAUCGAUGCGCUUUCUGUAUGACCUUGCGUUGCCCGUGUCUGUGCGUGCGGCGAUCGAGACGGCGCGACCUGCACUAGACGCCGCACAGAUCAGCCUCAUGCAGUUUGCCCAACGCCCCGGCACCAACUGGACACUACUGACGGCCCCGCUGAGUGCGAGCGAGAGGUCACUUGGCUGGUCGUUUUACGGCUGGUGUCUCUUGCAUGAGUGGGCCAAGGGGACGCGUGAAGUCGUCUCGUUUGAAGGCAACACGGCAACACUUGUUCUCGUGUCGGACGCGUACGACGGCGACCCGUUUGUCACCGGCGACAAGCCGCUCCACGACGCCACGCGCGUGCUCUACUACCUGGUCGUCUACAGCGCCAGCGUGUUGGCGCUCGUCGGACUCUACAGUGUGGGCUACGCGAUUCACUUGCGCUUCCAUCUCCUCGGUCGCAACCUUCGCUUCUUCAACCGCCUCGUGGGCUCCAUCUGGGUCGGUCGGCCAACGCUUUUCUUACGCGGCUUGAGCGCGAUCUUGAUGCUCAGCACGUCACAGCUCUCGCUCACUGCCGUCGGCGGCUACAGUCGGCUUCUCUUUGCACCGCGGCCGCUGUGGCAGACGCUUCUUAUAGCGGGCGAGGCGACCUGGGUCCUCUACGUCGUCACGGACGUGUUGCUCAUUUGUCUUCCGCACCAAGACACCAUUCGCAUCUACGGCCCCCUUAGCAGUCUAUGUGCGUUCACGGUGGUUGUCGUUCAGGAGCUAAUGUCGCCGAUUCAAGCGACGUUGACGCUCGAGCGCGACUGCACAAUGCAAGACUUGGACUACACCAUUAGCUGCAAGGUGGGUACGCUGAUGGUUGGCGAUUUUACGCGCCUCUGUACGCUGCUUGGGGCGCAACUACUCGCGCUCUUUGUGGUCAUGGGCGCGACGUACGGGCUACGGAAGCGCCCGAACCGCGUCACAACGUUCGAGGACGUGAGCUUGCUUCUGUCCGGGCUGCCUGCCGCGCUCUUGACGCCUCUGCGUGCGCAGUCCGACAACUACGACGCGGUCACGUGCGUCCUCUGCGGCAUUGUCCCGUUCACGGUGCACACCCGUCGACGGGUAUUCCACUUGAUCUUGUGGGUCUUUCUUCAAGAUACGAUAGCGCGGAGCCACUGCAACCUCUCGCGGGUGUCGGUGGUCGGCCUCUUGAGCCGCGCGACGGCGCCCCCUUCGAUGCACCACCUCGGACCGCUCUUGCCGCACCGCCUCGGGCUCCUCGAGCGCGGCAAGCACGUCAAGUUGGCGAUCGGCGGCUGUUUUAUGGCUGCGGCCAUCACCGGCUCGAUCUCGUACUUGCAAGUGGCGAAAGCCAAUUUGGCCAACGAUUUCUUCUGGGCUUCGUUUCAAAUGUCGACGAUCCACAGUUUCUUUGGGAGCUGGCUCAAUGAACAACUUGUCUUGCGUGUCGUCGACGGUGCGCUGGACGCGACCGACGGUCGGUUGAAUCUACUUGGUACCCAUAUCGCCACCGUGUCGGCGACAACGACGUAUGGAGCAACCCUUGCCUACGGCGAUCUCAGUGCGAUCGAAGCCUCGAUUGCGGGUCUUCGCGUCUCGGAUGCGUGCAACGCGCCCUGGAUCUUUACGCCGUACUGCUACCUCGACUGGAAGAAGAAAUGGUCAAUGGCCUACUCCAACCAGCGCCAACUGCGGUGUCAGAAGAUGGAGGAAAAUGCUGCCGUGUACCUCGAGUCGGUGCUGCGCAACAUUGACUUCGCAACCUUUGCGUAUUGUUGGGGCAGUGCGUUUGAGACGGCGUUUGGUGUCGACCUGCGACAGUCGUCCGACGGUCAAGACUGGCUGCAUUCAAUGGCUAUGGAGCGACUCCCGCUGCAAGAUGAAACCGCGCUGUGGCGCCAGCACAAUCUAUCAAUAUUUCAAGUGCAGUGGCAAAACUACAAGCGCAUCGGCGUCUUCAACAGCUACUCGAUCGUCAACGCCUUUGGUAUCUCGUAUCCUAUGACGCUCAUGGCCCUCAACGGCAGCUACCGCUGGAGCAGUCAGACCUCGUACAAGAUGUACUGGUCGCUGGCCAACGAUCUCUCUGCGAUUGCGUCCAACACCAGUGGUAUCAGUGGUCUCAGUCUCUUGCGAACGAGUCCUCGGUUCGCCUUUGCCAACACAUCUCUUCAAGCCGUCCUUACGGCAAACUUGACGUUGAUGUCGCCACUGGCCAACGGCCUCGCCCUUGUCGCCGCGAUGCUUGGCCCGUUUGGCGUCACUGACAUGGUGUAUGUGAGCGUACCGGCCCUCGUCAUGGAGCUUGUCCGAGACAUUGUCAACGACGCACGCAAAGCCAUGGCGAUGAGUCUCGAUGCCCAAACACUGUAUGCAUCGAUCGUCCCCAACACCAUGUCAUGCCCGAUUCCAUCCAAAUGGAGCGCGCUCGAGACGCUCGGGAGCAGCCCGCUGUGCCCCGAGUACCUCGCGAGCAAGCCGCUCGCAAAGUGCUUCUCGAACCUCGUGGCCUUCUCGUCGCCGUGUCUUCCCGCCGUGCCAAGCCCGAGUCGUAUCACGGCCACACGAACGCACUACCUCGUGUCGGCGAUCUUGGCGUCCGUGGCGCCAACGACCAACCUCACGGCGGUCUGCGCCGCCGACGCGAGCUUUGUGCCCGAGUGUCGCACAUUUUUGAAUUUGACGCGCGCCUUUCUCACACAGUAUCUGGACCCGACCAAUUACGUCGAUCGAACCCACAUUGUCAAUACUGUGGUGGACGACCUCAACAUCUCGUUCAUGGUUUACACGCGGGCGCCGGCGCUGCAGCUCGUGUCGACGCCGGUUUUCGAGGCGCCGGCGUUUCGGUUCUUUGGGUGGACCUACUUGACCUCGUGGGUGCUCGGUCUGCGCGAAGUGGUGUCGUUCCAAGGCGACGUCGCGACGCUCACGCUUCUCUCGGACGAAAUCCCGCAGCUCACGCAAGGCGUCCUCGACUGGCAGCUCGCAACCAAUGUCGCGCAGUACUUGCAGUCGGGUGUCCUGUACGUCACCUGUAUGAUGCUCAGCGUGUCCGUGAUCGUGUCGCUCUACGUGCUCGUGAUCCGUGGGCACAUUGAGGGACUGAACAUGCUCGAGCUCUCGCGGGUCGCCGGCAUUGUCUGGGUCGGCCGACCGCUCCUCUUUCUUCGGUCGCUCACGGCGCUCUGCGUCCUCUCGACAGCGUCGCUCGAACUCGACACGUCGGGCGUCCUCAGUCGCUUGCGAGCGCCGCCAACCCCGUGGUACACCGUCCUUUUGGCCGCCGGUGAGACGACGUGGUUCGUUGCUGUUGUCAACGACAUUGGACUCAUUCUCACUCGCGAACACGCAGCGCUCUUUGUGACGCCCAACAGCCUUCUCGUAUGGCUGGUCGUGGCUGUGCUCACGGCGCUGCAGCCCAUCACUGCGUCGCUAUCCCUUCAGACAACGUGUCACGUGACCGAGACGGACUACCAAGUGCACUGUCACAGCGCCGAGAUUGCAAUUGGCAGCGUCACCCGGCUCGUGCAGUUGCAUGGCAUCGUGCUCGGCUGCACGUGUGUGAGCUAUAGCCUCGUGCGCUGGCGCAUACGGUCGCUGCCGCCAACCCCAACGACGUCGCUCUUACUCUCGAGUGGCGCCAAGUACCUCUUCUUGCACGGCGGCCGCAUCAUUGAGAACGUGUACUACAUUGACCGCGCCUCGGCGGCGCUCACCGGCGUCCUCACGCUGCGCUACGGCGCGACAGUCUAUGCGCUCGACGUCAAGCUCUGGCGACUCGUCGUGACGCCGGUCCAUGACCGCGUCGUCAAUGGCUGGAUCGGCUCGGAAGCCGAACUCGCUGCCACGUAUGCGCUGAUCGACUGAGUUGCCUUUGGGCAAGGACUGCUGGACGAUCGCCAAAAGCUUGACCAUCAUGCCUAUAUCUUGCGGCGGCCACGACUACUGCGACGUCAACGCAGUGAACCGCUGCGCGUGGCGACAGACUGGUCUUUGGCGACUGGAUCAAAGUUUCGCCGGGUCUAGUCUGGAAUCUGGACUCUGGAGCGAGGUCUGAAUACGUUUAGCGCCGGAAGAUAGGGCAGCCAGCAACAUGCUUCGCGGUCGCUAGCUUCUACGCGAGAGCCAUCGCGCUUGGCGAAGGACUGGUCUCUGGUGAUGAGAUCGAAAUUUGGUUCAAUCAAGUCUGGACUCUGGUUAUCUGGACUCUGGAUCUGGUCGAGUCUGGUGGGAUGGAAUACGACUGGAUUUGAAUCCUGCGUCAACUCAGGCGUGGGAGGUUGCAUCCGGUUACGAUCCGGCGACUCCUUGUGGCGCGAUGCCAUUGGCCAGUGGAUUAAAAAU